CGGGCUGGGUGUGGUGUUACUAUAAAAGACAAGAAUCGAUCCUCCAAAGAUCAGUGUUCGGUACUCAAUUGGAAGUUUUGUGUUAAGCGACAAAAAUCGUUCCGGUAACAUAGAAGUCCAAGCUGAAAGUAAAACUGCUAAGAAUGUACUCGAAAUUGAUCGCUGUUCUGGCUUUGGCCGCCGUGGCAAUUGCGGCGCCUCAACAUCAGGAAGCUGCCCGAUACCCAGCUGGAGUAAAUCCGGCUGCUUGUCCGUCGUACCCGAACUGUGACAAUGCCGCCCUGCACAACCCAAAUCCACACAACAAUCAUGCCGCCAACCAUUGGAACCCGAACUGGAAUGCGGCACCACAGCCUGCCUGGAAUGCAGCCCCCCAGCAUGACUGGAAUGCCCAACCAAGCUGGAACGCUGCCCCACAGCAUGCCUGGAAUGCACAACCUGCGUGGCAUGCUCCUGCCCAGCCAAGCUGGAACUCUUAUCCGGCUGUAACUGGACCCACUCACAACCAUCUGGGAGCUCCCGCUCCAUCUGCCGGUGGCGACAAGUACCCGGCUGGUGUGAAUCCCCACAGCUGCCCGAACUACCCAUUCUGUGAUAACUCUGCUCCAGCUGGUGUCCCACAUGUUGCCCCUCUGCCGGGAUACACCGAACGGCAGUACCCAGCCGGAGUGUCUCCCCACAGCUGCCCCAACUUCCCGUAUUGCAACUAAUCUGUGAUCUGUGCCUUUUUUCGUAUAGCUAGAUACUCAUUCCGACUAGUGUCCAGGAGCAGCUGAUCCAUAUUUCCCAGUUCCAAGGACAAAUGUCUUUCCGUCACCCACAUACACUGCCAUGCUUGUUUUGUGUAAAUAAUUUCUCAUAGGAUUGUGAACAAUUGAUGUUGUGUCCGCAAUAGUAUUGUGUUGAUCUGUGAGUUGUGUUCAUGUUGUGCAGAAGAAAAAAAAAGGAAUUUUAUUGAAAUUAAAUGCAAAUCGAGAUUUAAUCUUGAGUUAAAGUUGUGAA